CUUAAAAAUAUAUAUAUAUAAUUUGCCACUGAUUAGCUUCAACAAUAAAGCCCGCUACCACCACCACCGCCUCUUCUUCUUCAUUAAUAAUUCCUUUCCUCCUCCUCCUCCUCCUCCUCCUCCUCCGCCAUGGCGAACACCACCAAUAACAACACUUCGUCGUCGUCAUCGUCAUCGUCUUUGUCGUCUUCUAAUGGUAAUAGUAGUAGUAGUAGUAGUAGUAAUGGGCGGCGGCGUCCGCAUGCGGUGGUGUUUCCGUUCCCGGCGCAGGGGCAUAUGAUCCCGCUGCUCGACCUGGCGCACGUUCUCUCCCUCCGCUACGGCUUCGUCGUCACCGUCGUCGUCACGCCGCUCAACCUCCCCCUCCUCGGCCCCUUCCUCUCCGCCACCCCCGCCGCCGCCCCGCUCGUCCUCCCCCUCCCCGGCGGCGGCGGCGGCCCCGGCCGAGCCGAGCACGUGCGGCACCUCCCCUCCCCCUCCUCCGCCCCCUCCCUCAUCCGCGCCCUCUCCCUCCUCCGCCCCGCCGUCCUCUCCUGGGCCCGAACCCUAGACCCGGCCCGGCCCCCCGUCUCCCUCGUCGUCUCCGACUUCUUCCUCGGCUGGACCCACCACCUCGCCGCCGACCUCGCCGUCCCCCGCCUCGCCUUCUUCUCCUCCGGCGCCUUCGCCGACUCCCUCAUCCAGCACCUCUGGCUCCACCCCCCCAGCGCCGCCGACGGGGACCCGCAUUCCUUCCCGUCGCUCCCCACCGCCCCCUCCUUCCCCUAUGCCCACCUCCCCUCCCUCAACCGCGGCUACAGGCGCGGCGACCCCGACUGGGAGUUCGCCCGCGACUCCCUCCUCGCCAACGCCCUCUGCUGGGGCGCCGCCAUCAACACCUUCCACGCCCUCGAGGGCCCCUUCCUCGACCACCUCCGCCGCAGCGGCGCCCUCGGCCGCCGCGUCUGGGCCGUGGGGCCCCUCAAGCCCACCGGGCCCCCCGGCGCCCGCGGCGGCGCCAGCUCCGUCCCCGCCGCCGAGCUCGCCGCCUGGCUCGCCGCCUGCCCCCCGCGCUCCGUCGUCUACGUGUGCUUCGGGAGCCAGUACGCCCCAUCCGAGGCGCAGGCGCGCGCGGUGGCCGCGGCGCUCCGCCUGAGCGGGGCGCGCUUCGUGUGGGCGCUCGGGGGCUCGUCGGCGUCCGCGGGGUUGGAGGAGGAGGAGGAGGAGACGAUGGGGUUGGUGGUGCGGGGUUGGGCGCCCCAGGCGGAGUUGCUGGGCCACGGCGCGGUGGGCGCGUUCCUGACGCACUGCGGGUGGAACUCGGCGCUCGAGGCGGUGGCGGGCGCGGCGGCGGCGGUGAUGCUGGCGUGGCCCAUGCAGGCCGAGCAGUUCGUGAACGCGCGGCUCCUGGUGGAGGGGCUCGGCGUCGCCGUCCGGGUGGCCGAGGGCGCCGCCGCCGUGCCCGACCCCGCCGCGCUCGCGCGCACCAUGGCCGAGGCGGUGGCGGAGGACGACCGAGGCUGGGCGGCGGAGGUGCGGGCGCGCGCGGCGGAGCUGCGGCGGAGCGCCGAGAAGGCGGUGGCCGAGGGGGGGAGCUCCCACGCGGACUUGGAGGACAUGAUCAGAGAGAUCAGGGAUCUGGAUCUCCCCCUCCCUGCUGCUGCUGCUACUACUGCUGCUCCUCGCUGAAUAGGUAAGUAAAACAGUACAAUAAUAAAUGAUAAUUUUACUAAAUCGUAUUCGAACGAUUCCGUUUUAUUAUUAACCUGAAUCGUUAGGAAUUGUUAUAACGAGCUCAAAGGAAAGAAUUACUGAUGCGGAGGAGAACUUGGUUACUUCAACAAAUUAAGCCCAUGUACUCUAAUUAUUACUUGGUAGUUCAAUCAAACAUUAAAAAAUUAAAUGUAUUGUAAUAUGUGCCGAUUAGAUAGCUGCUAUUGAUUUGGAAUUUUGGAGGUUCUGCUUCUCUAUCGAUAAUUAAAAAGUUAAGAAGGCUAAGCAUAUUAGAGAUAGAGUAGCUUUAGGAUGCAUGACUCUUUACGAAAUGGGGCAGCACAACAAGAGUAUUGAGGAGAAGCUCUGAGUAGGAGAAGACAACCACCUUAGCUUACAUUAUUCUUGCUUGGAGAAGAAGAUAUGAGUUGAGAGUUUUAGGAUUUGAUUUUUAGAAUUUUCUUUCAAAUGGGAGAUUUAAAGUUAGUAACUUGAUUAGAACACUAUAUUAUCGCGGGUUUGGUCCGCCUUGAGCCGGAUUUACGGUGUGAGUUUGUUCCCUAUCUCAGCAUCUAUCGGUCUAGGUGACUGGUCGAUCACUUGGCUAGUAAUAUUGAAAAAUUAUAAAAUUUAAUUUUUAAAUAGUUGAACAUGUUGUGCAUAAAACCAUUUGAAUCGUACGGCAAGAUUGAAUCCAGCCCAAAUAAUCUCUUUUGUGCAGAGCUGAAUAGGCCUGAGAUAUGAUUCAGCCUUGUUAUACUUUAGUUCGGGCCCCUGGGCCUAUUACAACCUACAUAUCUAACUUUGGAAAUAGGCAUCUAUAACUUUCACAUCCUUUUUUGAAGUAAGAUACAACUUUCAUAUCCAAUCCAAAAAAAAAAAAAAAAAAAAAAAAAAAAUCUAAACCAAAAAUGUUUAGAAGCAUCAAAUAUUUAGUACAAAACUUCACAGCAAAAAAUUGCCUAUCCCUACUAAUGCAACAAAAUAAACCCCUCUAUAAUAUUGUAUUUGUAGUUAAAACAGUUAUCUGUAUGUAACUAGCUAGCUAGGGAGAAGCCAUGUCGCAGCAAAAUUUUUUUGGUAAAGGCAUAUGAAUGAUGGGAACUAUGUCCCCUUUCAAUAACUAUCCAACUUUUAAAAAAUUUGGGUUUUGGUAUUUGAUCUUUUUUUAUGCCUUUAACAGAUCUGGGCACAUAAAUAAAAUAAGAUCUUCUAACUAAAUCUCUUAAAACAUCAAUAACACUGCCCCAAGUUCUGUUAUAGGAAACCAAAUUGAUCAAUCAAAACAACCGAGAAAAUAGGUACUAAAGUUAAAAGUUUUAAUGGUCGGAUAGUACGUAAUUCAAAACGAGUCAUAGUUCAGAUUGAUUUCGUAUGUUUCUUUACCGUUUCUUUUAAAUAUUACUUAGGGUUUCUCGCGGAAGGGUGCGUCAUUGUUGACAGGCGGCCGACGUUGGGCCCAUGAGUAGUCUCUGCUAAGCAUGUUGAACAUCUCAGCAGCUGCAUCAGUUUGUUUACGCGGUUUCACUGCCAUUGUAGAAGAUGGACCAGACAUGAUCAGUUUGAUGUUAAUCUUGUUGGUCUUUUCCUGAAUCAGAAAUUUACAGAAAACGUUAAAUAUUAAUUUGACAAUUUCAGAUUAAUUAGAUAGUAUAAUCAAAUUUCGAGAUCGAGAGAGAUAUAUAUAUGUAUAUAUAUACCUUAGCAGGUAUAUAUUUAGUUGAUGAACUCCCUGGCUUCUUUAAGGAGUUACUAGACUUUCCUGCAGCAAUCAGGAAAUCAAGUGAUCAAAUUGGACUAUAACCAA